AUGGGGCAGCCGGCAGAGGGUCCUAUCAUCUUGGACCGGGAAAAGGUGGAUAAACGAGGCGAAGUCCGCAUUGUCGAAGUGGACCCCCGAUUUGACCCCUUUUUUGAAAUCCCUAUUGUGGCUAUUUGGUGUAAUAUUCUUGCCUUACCUGUGCAUUUAUUUGAGGAGUCCUCGUUGGUUGCUAUUGGUGAGAUGCUUGGUAAGCCAGUCCAAGUUGAUCGGGCUACUAUUACUAGAUCUCGCGUCUCCUUUGCUCGGAUUUGUGUCGAGGUUGAUUUGUCGCGCCCUAUUCCGGAGGAGAUAGAUAUUGAUAUUGCAGGUAAACAUGUGACACUUAAGGUGAAAUGGGACAAGAUCCCUUUGUAUUGUAACGAGUGCAAGCACGUGGGGCACUCGGCGAUGUCAUGCUACGCUUCGGGGAGGCGGCCUAUGCCUCCCAAGAGGGACUACUCACAAAGGCCGACCCCACAGAACGGGCCCCCUCCCAACAGAGAGGGAGAGUCGCAUCAGGCAGGCCCUAGUAGACAGCCUCAGGGCCCGAGGUACCAGCCUUUUGCUAGCCAGCCUACAGAGAGACCACCCCCGGAGGUUGGACAGCCACGGCGUCAGGAGAGGCGCAACCAGGGCGUGGUGAUCAGAGACCCGGCCCCUGGCCCCAUCUCACACCAUGGGCCUUCUUCAGCAGCCGCAGAGGGCUCUCAGGUUGCAUGGGACGACGGCUUCGUCGUGCCUAAGAAGAAGAAUAAGGCCAAGAAGAAGAAUAAGGGCAAGAAGAAACAUGAGAACAGGACCUCGGCGAGGACAGUGUCAGAGGGAGAGGGUCAUCAGGGCAUGGAGGCGGAUGAGUCCUCGUCAGGGAAUGAGCGGGGCUCUAGAUCCCGUUCGCCUUCUAUUACACGCGGAUUCGGUUAUGGGCCCCUAGCGAUGGUUGUGCAUGGUGAUAACAUGUUCGGGGCCUUGGAGGAUUUUCCCUCGGAUGAUGCCGAGGUUGAGGUAGACAGCGAUGACCACCAGGAUCAUAUGAUUUGUGAGGUACCGAACACGAGGCUUGAACAUGACGAUCCGGUGCUGCAGUACAUUGGACCCACUUCCCCUCCCGCAGAGGGUUCAUCGAAGAAGGCGAGGCUUUCGGCCUCGGGAGCCUACUGA